AUGAAUUGUCUUAUAGUAAUAGCUAUUAUAAUUAUAACGAAUAGAUGUGAUGCAUACAAAAAUAAUGAAAUUAAAAAUGAUCUCAGAAAAAUAGAUUUAGAUUUACUUAAAAAUGUAAAAGAAAAUAACGUACAAAUAGAUACAAUAGAAGUAACACCAGAAUUUGAAUAUAAAGAAUUAUUUAAGAGAUUUGCAAGAAACCAAACGCACUCCAGAGUUAAAAGAAUAGCAAAAGAAGUAGAGGAGACAACAAAUCUAACCGAAGAAUGUGUAGGAGCCCCAGAGUUUUGUAAUCUAUCAAGAGAAGAGUAUGUAACUAUGUUGAAUGAAUAUGUAUAUCCGCACACAUACGAAUGGGUCUUGAUAGCAACGCACACAGCGGUAUUCGUGAUCGGAUUGGUUGGGAAUGCGCUUGUAUGCGUGGCAGUGUAUAGAAAUCAUUCUAUGAGGACAGUGACCAAUUAUUUCUUAGUGAAUUUGGCUGUAGCGGAUUUUAUGGUGAUACUAUUCUGUUUGCCCGCGACAGUUCUAUGGGAUGUGACGGAAACUUGGUUUCUAGGUGCUGCCUUGUGCAAGAUACUGCUUUAUUUCCAGUCAGUAUCGGUGACAGUGUCAGUUUUGACAUUGACAUUCAUCUCCUUUGACCGCUGGUACGCCAUUUGCUUCCCGCUCAAAUUCAAGUCAACAAUCAGCCGAGCGAAGACCGCCAUUCUGCUAAUAUGGACUAUCUCGUUAACGUUUAAUGCGCCGGAGUUAGUGGUGCUUACUACGGUGAAGUUGGUUCCUCUACGCUUCGAACUGGAGUAUUUAGUUCAAUGCACGGCAACUUGGUCGUACACCAGUGACCUGGUUUGGCACAUCACAAAAGUUGUUUUCAUAUAUACCAUUCCCCUACUCCUGAUGACAGUUGCAUAUCAUCAGAUAGUUAGGGUACUUUGGAGUUCAGACAAAAUACCUGGACAGGCUGAAACCAUGAAAUUAGCUUCUGCUGAACAAUCUCAGCUUCGGUCCCGUCGCAAAGCUGCCAAGAUGCUGGUGGCUGUGGUCGUCAUGUUUGCAGUCUGCUACUUUCCUGUUCAUCUAUUAUCUGUUCUUAGGUACCUACCAGAUAUAAAGCAAAACGAUGUACUGACGUGCUUGGCGCUUCUCUCACAUGUUCUGUGCUAUGCAAACUCCGCUAUCAACCCGUUGAUAUAUAAUUUUAUGAGUGGUAAGCCAUUUAAGACUCUAGUUGUAAUAUAUGUAGACAGUUAA